AUGCAAUCUGUUGACGGAAAUCAAGCUGCUGCUUAUGUAUCAUAUGCACUUAGUGAUGUAUCAUUUAUUUUCCCAAUUACACCAUCAUCACCAAUGGCAGAAAAUGCUGAUGUAUGGUCAUCACAAGGAAGAAAGAAUGUUUUUGGACAAGUAGUUGAUGUCUAUGAAAUGGAAAGUGAAGCUGGAGCAUCAGGAGCAGUCCAUGGAGGAUGUGCAGCUGGAUCACUUGUAUCUACAUAUACCUGUUCACAAGGACUUAUGUUAAUGAUUCCAAAUAUGAUUAAAAUUGCAGGAGAACACCUUCCAUGUGUAUUCCAUGUAACUGCAAGAGCACUUGCAGGACAAGCACUUUCAAUUUUCGGAGAUCAUUCAGAUGUUAUGGCAUGUAGAUCAACUGGAUUCUGUUUAUUAUCAUCACACAAUGUACAACAAUGUCAUGAUCUUGCUAUUGUUGCCCAUCUUUCAACACUUGAAGCAUCUCUUCCAUUUAUGCAUUUCUUCGAUGGAUUCAGAACAUCACAUGAAAUUCAAAAGAUUCACCAAUUAACAUAUGACCAAAUUAAGAGUCUUGUUGAUAUGAAAUAUGUUGAUAGAGCACAUAAGAGAGGACUUAAUCCAACUCACCCAAGCCAAAGAGGAACAUCACAAGGACCAGAUGUAUUCUUCCAAGCAGUUGAAAAAUCAAAUGCAGAUUAUCUUAAAGUACCAGAAAUUGUACAAAAAUACAUGGAUAAAGUUGGAGAAUUAACAGGAAGACAUUAUAAGAUCUUUGAAUAUUAUGGAGCUGCUGAUGCCGAAAGAGUAGUUGUUGUUAUGGGAGCAGCUGUACCAGUUCUUGAAGAAUGUGUUGAUUAUCUUAUGAAGAGUGGAGAAAAAGUUGGAGUUCUUUCAGUUCAUUUGUACAGACCAUGGAGUGCUAAACACUUCCUUGAACAACUUCCAAAGACUGUUACUAAGAUUUCAGUACUUGAUAGAACUAAAGAAGCCGGAUCAUUUGGAGAACCAUUAUAUCUUGAUGUUGCAACUACACUUCUUGAUGCAGGUAAACACAUUAAAUGUGUUGGAGGAAGAUAUGGACUUGGAUCAAAAGAAUUCACACCAGCUAUGGCUAAAGCUGUCUUUGAUAAUCUUAAGAAUGAAGAACCAAAGAAUCACUUUACUGUUGGUAUUGAAGAUGAUGUUACACAUAUGUCACUUCCAAUUGGAGAAAACUUCAACCCAAUUCCAGAAGGAACUACCCAAUGCAUGUUCUGGGGACUUGGAUCUGAUGGAACUGUUGGAGCUAAUCAUGAUGCUAUUAGAAUUAUUGGACAAAAUACUGAUAUGUAUGUACAAGGAUACUUCUCAUAUGAUGCCCAUAAAUCAGGAGGAGUUACAGUAUCACAUCUUAGAUUUGGACAAAAACCAAUUAAAUCCCAAUAUCUUAUUCAAAAUGCUGAUUAUACAGCAUGUCAUUUCCCUAAUUAUGUUAAGAAAUAUAAAUUACUUGAUGCAGCUAAACCAAAUUCAGUCUUUGUUCUUAAUUGCCCAUGGACAGGAGCUGAAUUAGAAGCACAACUUCCAGGAUCACUUAAGAGAGUUAUUGCUGAGAAACAAAUUAAAUUCUAUACUAUUGAUGCUAUUAAGAUUGGACAAGAAGUUAAACUUGGAAGAAGAAUUAACAUGAUUAUGCAAACUGUUUUCUUCAAACUUGCAAAUGUUAUUCCAUUUGAAAAAGCUAUUGUUCUUCUUAAAGAAGCAGUCCAAAAGACUUAUGGAGCUAAAGGACCAGCUAUUGUUAAAAUGAAUCAUGAUGCUAUUGAUAAGGCACUUGAUGGACUUGUUGAAGUUAAAGUUCCAGCUGAAUGGGCUAAUGCACCAUUAGAAGCUGUUACUAAGAUUGAAGCACCAGAAUUUGUUACUGAUGUCCUUAUGCCACAACUUGCAAUGAAAGGAAAUGAACUUCCAGUCUCUAAAUUUGCAGCUGAUGGAUUUAUGCCAAUGGGAACAACCAAAUAUGAAAAGAGAGGAAUUGCUACUAAGAUUCCAACCUGGGAAGCAUCAAAAUGUGUCCAAUGUAACAUGUGUUCACUUUAUUGUCCACAUGCUGCUAUUAGAUGCUUCUAUUUAACACCAGAAGAAUCAGCUAAAGCACCAGCUGAAUUUGUCCAAAUUGACGGAAAAGCACAACAAGCCGGAUAUAAAUUCAGAAUUCAAGUCUCAGCUAUGGAUUGUACAGGAUGUGAAGUAUGUACUACUGCAUGCCCAGUUAAAUGUUUGAGCAUGACACCAUUUGAACAAGUUUCAGAAGUUGAAUCAAAGAAUUGGGAAUUUGCUAUGACUCUUUCACCAAAGAAUUCACUUUCAGAUAGAUCUAACAUUAAGACAACUAUGAUUCAUCAACCAUAUCUUGAAUUCUCAGGAGCAUGUGAAGGAUGUAAUGAAACCGCACUUGUUAAAUUAAUUACACAAUUAUAUGGAGAAAGAACAAUUAUUGCUAAUGCUACUGGAUGUUCAUCAAUUUGGGGAGCUACAUGGGGAACCAACCCAUACACUGUUGAUGGAGAAGGAAGAGGACCAGCUUGGGGUAACUCAUUAUUCGAAGAUAAUGCCGAAUAUGGAUUUGGUAUGUUCAAAGCUAAUGAACAAAGAAGACUUUAUCUUGAACAAAUUUGUAAAGAAGCUAUUGCUGAAGGAAAAUUAAGUAAUGAACUCAAGACUCUUCUUGAAGAAUGGAUUGCUAAGAAAGAAGAUGCCAAUGAAUCAGAAAAGAUUUAUGCAGCAGUCAAACCAUUAUUAGCCGCAGAAAAAGAUAAAUCCGAAGUACUUGGACUUAUUGAACAAAAUAGUGAUAUGUUUGUUAAGAUUUCUCACUGGAUUGUUGGAGGAGAUGGAUGGGCUUAUGAUAUUGGAUACAAUGGAGUUGAUCAUGUUCUUGCAUCAGGACAUAAUGUUAAUAUUCUUGUUCUUGAUACUGAAAUGUAUUCAAAUACUGGAGGACAAAAAUCAAAGGCUACCAACCUUGGAGCUGUAGUUAAAUUUGCAUCCUCAGGAUGUAAGAGACCAAAGAAAGAUCUUGGAGCUAUUGCUAUGGCAUAUGGUGAUGUUUAUGUAGCAUCAAUUGCACUUGGAGCUAAUCCAGCUCAAGCAUUCAAAGCAUUCAAGGAAGCUGAAUCAUACAAUGGAGUUUCUCUUAUUAUUGCUUAUUGCCCAUGUAAAGAACAAGGAGUCCCAUUACAAAAAUCAAUUGAAGAAGCUAAAAUGGCAGUUAACAGUGGAUACUGGUCAUUGUAUAGAUAUGAUCCAAGAUUAGUUGAACAAGGAAAACCAGGAUUACAACUUGAUUGUAGUGAAGUUAAAGGUGAUCUCGAAGCCUUCCUUGCACGUGAAAACAGAUUUGCACUUCUUGGAAGAAAGGAUAAGGAAACUGCUGAUAAGCUUCAUGCCCAAUUGAAAGCCAAUAUUGAUAAGAAACUUGCCCAUCUUAAGGUUGUUUCUAAACAAGCUUAA